UGGCAGAGAUGCUGCAAUUUCUUUGGUUUGCGUUUUAUUUAAGCCAAUGUUAAUGUUAUUACGGGCUGUAAAAUAGCUGUGUGUGUAAACUAUGUCGUAAUACGCCGUCGUUAGAGUAGACUGACCGUGAGAAAUCGUUUAAACACGCAGGAUUCGUGAGCGACACCAACGUCUUUGGACUCCUCGUUCAGAAACAUGAUGGAGGAUUUCUCUGGUUUGGCUCUGCCUCCUCUCUUUGGAGGACACAUCCUGGAGGCCGAGCUGGAGUCUGGUGGUGUGGAACUGGGACCAGGAGAGGUGGAGCUGGGCCCAGGAAGCAAUGAGCUGCUGGAGAGUACUGCACAGGAGGAUGAAGAGAGAAGGGCUCUUGAUAAGAGGAAAUGUCUGGCUCUGAACAGGAGAUGUAAAGAUAUUGAACAGGUGAAUCAGAAGAUUGUAGGUCGCCUUCAUCAAGUACAAAGAAUUACACGGCGCUUGAAGAAGGAAAGACGGUUUCUCAUGAAGACUUUAGAUGGUCAUGGGGAUGACUACAGAAAUGCCCAGCUCACUAUACUUCUUGAGGAUGAUCCUGAAGCUCAUUUAGAUCCUGCGUCUGGAGUGGAGGAUGAACGCCUCAACGGUGUGUCUGGUUCCACUUUGUCUGCAGCAAUGCCUCAUGCUGCUGGACCAAAGAGGAGGAGGCACCGAAUCCCACGGCAAGAAAAGGAUAAAGACCAACAGACUGAACCUGACAUGUCGGUGCUGGCAGAGGCACAGUUCGGAGAAAUGCCCAGUCCAACUUCUUUGUCUCACUAAUCUAAGCUUGCACUGCAGCCCUGGAUAUGA